AUGGCAAUUGAAACGACACAACCCGCCACCGGCGCUAUCCUCCGAGUUGGGAUCAUUGGCUGUGGUGAGAUCUCGCAAGUCGUUCACAUCCCAAACAUCAACAAUCUUGCGCACAAGUUCCGGACGACCUAUCUCUGUGAUAUUUCAGCGCAAUCACUGAAACACUGUGCCCAAAAGGUCCAAGGCGGAAUCCCCAAAGUAACCUCAAGCUCAGAAGAGCUUUGUUCGUCGGCAGAUGUUGAUGUGGUUAUUAUCGCCAAUGCAGACGCGUAUCAUGUUGAUCACGGCAUCCUGGCCCUCCAGAAUGAUAAAUACUGUUUAAUCGAGAAGCCAGCUGCCACUUGCUUCCGCGAUAUGGAUAGGCUCAUUGGGGCAGAGAAACUCUCAAAGGGAAAGGUUUUUGUGGGAACGAUGCGCCGCUACGCGCCUGCCUUCCUUGACGCUGUCAAGGAGGUUGGUGACAUGGAAAGAAUCACAUAUGCUCGCGUGAGAGAUAUCAUUGGACCGAAUUCGACCUUUGUUGACCAGUCUGGGACAUUUCCACAACGAUUCAAUGAUUUCUCGACUGAGGACUCUGAAGACAGAGUCCAAAGAGAAACGGAUAUCUUGAAUCAAGCUCUUAACAAAGAGCUUGGUCUGAAAGUGACGCCUGAAUCUUCAACAAUGCUGAGGAUACUUGGAGGACUCGGAACUCACGAUCUAUCAGCCAUGCGGGAAAUCAUUGGCAUGCCUGAAGGGGUCGAAGGUGCUAUCUUCAGCCUGCCGGGAAUAUUCACCGUUCUCUUCCAAUACAAGGGAUUCCCGGUCACCUAUGAAUCUGGCUUGAGUGAGAUCCCGCAUUUUGAUGCACACAUUGAGGUCUUUUCUCCCACAAAGGUUGUGAGGAUCGAGUUUGAUACCCCAUACAUCAAAGGCCUCCCAGUCACAAUGACUGUACGCGAGAAGCUUGGAGAUGGUAGUUUCCAGGAACGAAGGGUGCGUAAAACGUAUGAGGACCCUUAUACGCUCGAGCUUCUAGAUUUCUACGACUGUGUACAAACUGGAAAGCAACCUAAGACUAGUGCUCAAGACGCGAGGAAGGAUAUUGAGCUGUUUGGGAUGAUUCUUAAGGCGGGAUUUAGAAAAUGA